AUGAUGGGCUCCUCAAGCCAAGAACUGCAAACGGCGCUGACGGACAUUUCAAAGACAUGUCAUCACAUGUGGGAAGACUCCAAAGAUCUUCAAGGACGUUUCGUCAACGAUCUCGCCGAACUGCAAAGACUGCAAUGCACAAUUACAAAUUUCGAGCGAGCUCAGCAUCCGGAACAAGCGUUUCAAGCAAAACAAGCAAUGACGGAAAUGCAAAAGAAGGCUACCGGGGUGUACGAGAUGUUGGCACAAAGAAGGAAUGAGAUUAUCAGCAAGUUGAAUGAUGGAGCAAAUAUUGCCUCAAUGAUGCAGGGCCAACUGAUAAACGACAAGCUGUUUACAUGGAAAAACGCUCAAAAACUGGCACAAAUCGGAAUGCCGUUCGACGAUCGUGAACAGCUUCUAGACGAGAUCCAACUGGAAUUCGAAUUCCUCGCAGACAACAUCUGGCAAUUGAAUAUGUUCGCGUGUUGGAUGUGUGAUUUGUGUCGUCGUGCUCCUCAGCUGAACGACGGUUUGGCUCAAUCGUCAGCUGCGAAAUUGACCACAAUCAGUGAGCAAUUGAACAGGCUCCUUUUCGUGCUCGUCUCACAAAGUUUCAUUGUUUCCGUUCAGCCGGAACCGGUUUUGAAGACUCAACACAAGUUUGUGACUGAGGUCCGUCUCCUAAUCGGUGACAAAUUGGGCAUUCGUCAACAACUAAUGAAUACAAACGUUUCGGUGAAAAUCAUCGCUGAAGACGAGGCCAGAGUGAUGAGUGUCGAUUGUGAUGCGCAGAAGGAAAUCCGUGCCAAUAAACAGGUCGGCUCGAUUUCCAACGACUUUGAGAAGCUCACAAUGGACGAGAGAGGUCAUCUCUCAGCGAAAUUCAACAACUCCAAACUCACUCGUAUUGCUCAUCGUAAACCGCCACCAAAGGGAGCAUCGGACAUGAAAUGCGCGGCAAAUAUGCAAGCGGCAACGGAUCAGAAAUAUGCUCUUCUGUUCUUUAUCACACCUUUCCAGAUGGGAAAUUUGAGCAAGGAAGAACAACUUGACGUCUGGACCCUCUCCCUCCCAAUCAUGGUCACGGUACAUGGCUCCCAAGACUGUGACGCCCAGGUCGCAAUUCUCUGGCACCGUGCAUUCGCCUCCAUCAGCCGGGACCCAAAUGUCCACGACGUCACCGCAGUCUCCUGGGAGAAUCUAGCAAUAAUGCUUCGUAACAAGUUCUCCCUGUUCACCGGAGCCCGCCGCCCCCUAUCCGAGUCCGAUCUGGCCUAUCUCAGUGAGAAAAUCAUAAUUCCAAAUAUGCCAGACCAAAAACCAAUCACUUUCACCCGAUUCGCAAAGCAAGCGAUGCGUGAGGAGCUGGCGUUUUCGUUCUGGGAAUGGUUCUUCUCAAUUAUGCAGCUGAUCAAACAGAAGUUGUUGAAAUAUUGGGAUGAGGGAUGGUGCAUUGGAUUUAUAUCGAAACACGAUGCUUCGCAGAGCAUGUGCAUGUUGCCGAACACCAGUUUUUUGUUGAGAUUCUCGGAUACGCAAACUGGAGCGGUCUCGAUUGGAUUCGUUUGUCAGGAUGAUGACGGGCAGAAGGUGCCAUUCCAUUUGUCACCUUUGACUAUCAAGGAUUUGGAUCAGUUGUCGUUGGCUAGUCGAAUCGCUUCGUGUCCACAGUUGAAGGAUAUUCGAUACAUGUAUCCCAACAUUGACAAAGAGGAAAUGCUCCGCUACUUUGAGUCGGAAGAACGUCAUCGUGUUGGUGGUCCCGAAAGCCCGGGAGGCUAUAUUCAGAGUGAGAUUGUGAUGGUUGCCAAGACCAAUGGAAACUUCCGUCGCGCCUCCGCCGCUCCAUCAAUGUUCGGCGCCGACUCACCAUCGCCACUCUCGAUUCAAAGCAAACUGGAUUGGUCGCCAGGAGAAAUUCAUCAGAGUAUGAUGGAGAUGACCGACGAACUUGGCCAUGUGCUCAACGUCGGAGGCAUGGACAGUAUGCACCCGGAUGCCAAUACCCUCUUGGGUCCCGCUUUCAAAAAUCCCACGUUCCAUCCACACGACCAACAACAACACCUUCAAUUCGUCGACAUGUCCCAUCCUCAAAUGAUGCAACAACAACACCAUGGACAUAACCAUAACCAUACCCAUAACCAGUUUUAUCCUUCUUAA